AUGCGGCGUUCCCUCGGCGUCCUCGCCGAGGCGUACUCCAAGUGGGAGCGUCGCGCUCCGCUGACUCCCUCCCACGUCUCGCGGCUCGUCAACUCGGGCGUCGAGGUGCUCGUGCAGCCGUCGUCGAAGCGCGUUUUCACCGAUCGCGAGUUUGCGGCGGCAGGCGCGACCAUCACGCGUGACCUUUCGGGCGCCAACACCAUCAUGGGCGUCAAGCAGCCGCUCAACGGCUCGCUCCUCCCCGGGAAGAACUACCUCUUCUUCAGCCACGUCAUCAAGGCCCAGCCCGAGAACAUGCCGCUUCUUGACGAGGUCCUCGAGAAGAAGGUGCGGCUCAUCGACUACGAGUGCAUCCGCGAGGGCGGAGGCGGGACGACGCCUCGGCUGGUUGCCUUUGGCGAGUUCGCCGGCAUGUCGGGCAUGGUCAACGGCCUGCGCGGGCUCGGCCUCCGCCUCCUCUCGCUUGGCCACUCGACUCCGUUUCUCUCCAUCGGCCCGACGCACGCGUACACAGACUACUCCACGGACGCGCGGCGGGCGCUGCGCGCGGCGGGCGAGCAGGUAGCUCGCGCCGGCCUGCCCGCGGAGUACUCCCCGCUCGUCGUCUGCGUCGCCGGCACAGGCAACGUCUCUCGCGGGGCACUCGACGCGCUCGACUCGCUCGGCGAGGUCGUGGAGAGGGUGGCUCCGUCGGAGCUGGCCCGCCUCUCGGCGCUGGCGGGGACGGCCGGCGAGCACCAGCACAAGGUGUACGUCUGCGUCACUGGCGCGCAGGACUUCGUCCGCCCCGCCCGGCCCGGCGCCGCCUUCGACCGCGCCGAGUAUUACGCGAGCCCGACCUGCGCAAACCCCGAGGAGUACGUGCCGUGCUUCCACGAGACCAUCGCGCCGCACGUCAGCCUGCUCGUGCCGACCAUGUACUGGGACCGCCGCUUCCCGCGCCUCCUCUCGACGGACCAGCUGCAGAGCCUGCGCGCCUCAGGCAACAAGCGCCUGCUUGCGGUCGCGGAUCUCACCUGCGACGUCGACGGCGCCGUCGAGCCGCUCGUCCGCUCGACCACCAUCGACGAGCCCUUCUUCGUCUACGACCCCGCCACCCGCACGGAGCAGGCCGACCUGGACGGGCCCGGCGUGCUGAUGCUCGGCGAUGCGCUGCUCCCCUUCCUCGACGCGCUCGCCACCCCGGGCGCUCCGACCUCCGCCGACCUCCGCCACUCAGCCGACCUCCGCCACCUCACACGCCACCUCUUCGACUCGGGGCUCAUCAACGCGGCGCUCGACGCGGCGGGCGGCCGCUUCGACCUGCUCGAGGUGACCGUCCGGCCGAACGAGUCCACCGGCCGCGAGCCCGCCUCGAGCCUCCGCCAAAAGUCGUCUGCGCUGAUGCAGCUCACGCUCGACGCCGGCCGCGCGCCGCUCGACGCGGUCCUCUCGCAGCUGCAGGCGCUGGCGGCGCGGAUGCCACUCGCCGAAGCGUCCGUCGUCGAGCUGCCCGAGCAUUGCGGCGGCGUGUACGACCGCACCAUCCCCGGAUCGGCGGGCGGUGGCGCCGCCGCCCUCGCCGCCUCGGCGGCUGCGGCGCCGGCGCCGGGCGGCAGUCGGAUUGUCGUGUUGGGCGCCGGGCUGUGCGCGCUGCCGGCGAUCGAGCUGCUCUCGCGCCGCUCGGCGGACGUCGUCACGGUCAUCAGCGCGGUGGAGGGAGAGGCGUCCCGCGCGUGCGCUGCCCUGGGGCGCCCAAACCUUCAGCCGCUCACCGUCGACGCUCGGCCGACCAACGCUUCGGGGUGGGGGGCGCUGUGCGGCUUGGACCACAUGUCGGCGGCCGAGCUCAUCCGGCGCGUGCGCGAGGAGGGGGGCGCCGUCACCGCCUUCUCUUCCCUGUGCGGCGGCCUCCCCGCGCCCGAGUGCGCCUCCUCCACCCCGCUCGCGUACAAGUUCUCCUGGUCGCCGGCCGGCGUCAUCUCGGCGACGCGCAACCCGGCGCAGUUCACCGUGGACGGGGCGGUCGUGCGUGUCGCCGGCGAGGAGCUGCUUCGCUCCGCGACGCCGCUCGCGGACAGCUCGCGCCUCGGCCGCACGCUGCGCCUCGAGGUGCUGCCCAACCGCGACUCGCUCCCGUACGCGGAGCUGUACGGCAUCGAGGCGGAGGCGCACUCCGUCUUCCGCGGCACGCUCCGCUACGCAGGCUGGUCGGGCCUCUUCGCCGAGUUUGCCGAUCUCGGCCUGACGGAGCCGGCGCCGCUGCCGGCCGGCGUGCGCACGUGGCCUGAGCUGCUCGCGUCGCGCGGCGUCACCCCUACCGCGGCUCCGGCAGCCAGCGCCCGCGUCAUCGACGCGCUCGCCUCGCUCGGCGCCCACACCAUCGCUGCUGCUCCACCUGCAGGCGUGUGGGACGGGUCUGCGCCCGAGAUCAGCACCGACGCCACCGUCGCCGACGCCUUCAGCGCGCUGCUCGCUGGCCGCCUGAGCUACGCGCCCGGCGAGAGAGACGCCGUCUUCAUGGAGCACCGACUGCACGUCGCCUUUCCAGACGGCCGCCCGUCCGAGGUGCGCUCGUCGUCGCUGGUGAGCUACGGGACGCCCGACGGAGUCUCGAGCAUGUCGCGGUCGGUCGGCAUCACCGCGGCGCUCGGCGUGCAGCGCCUGCUAGAGCAGGGCUCCGCCUCGUCAGGCCCGGACGCCGAGCCGCUCGCGGGCGUGCUGCGGCCCACGCUCCCUACCAUCUACGAGUACUGCUUGCCGCGGCUCGCCGAGGAGGGGUUCGCUUUCGAGGAAGGCAUCGAGCGCGAGGCGUCGGCGCCCUCGACCGCGGCGACGCCCAUGCCCGCAGGGCGCGGCACGCCAGGCUUCCGCGCAGCGUCCGCCGCGGCCUGAUCAGCAACAGCCAUUGCGUUCUGUCGCUUUCCAAGAUGGCAGCAAGAUGACGUCCACAAACGAUGAUGAUCAUGUGGCAUUGUCUCAUUCAUGGAUCUCCCUCAGCCCCUCUCUGUUACCCAUCAAUCCGGCCCAUGAUCGUUGCACCGCACCUUAGCUCCGCUCAUCACUCUUGUCCCGAUGAGGGGGGGUGUCGGCUGUCGCGUGUCGAGGCCCUCCCAACAAAUUCGCAUGGUUGCUCAUGCCAGCUCACACGUGUCUGCUGUCUGGUGUCACCGCGACGGCGCUGCCCAUGGGCGCUGCGACCUCUCUGGUACACUAACCAGAGGGACGCCGCGCACCCGCGCUCCGCUCUGCGCUCUGGCUCUGAGACUGAGAUAUCUGGGAGGGUCGCGUGAACAACAUGGCAAAAUCCCAAAAAAACAGUACCGAUAGAGUAUAU